GGGGCGGGGCGGGGCCGGCCUGGGAAGACGGAAGCCCUCCGCCUGGGGGUGGCGGUAGAACCCGGAUCCCAGAAUUCCACGUUCUUCGGAGCGGGGCUUCUGGAGACGGCGGGUGGGAAAACCCGGCGCCCGGAAGCCUUUGCUUUCUUUGACGCAAGGGCUCAGGACGCAGCUGCCGUCGGCCGAGCGCCCGGCGAGGAGCGACCCCAGACGGAGCCUUCGGAGCCCCUCCGCCCACACGUCUCCAGGUCCCCGAGCCUCGGUCUUCCUCGCCGCCCUACUCGUGGCCAUGGAGUGUCCGCACCUCAGCUCCAGCGUCUGCAUCGCUCCGGACUCAGCCAAGUUCCCCAACGGCUCCCCGUCGUCCUGGUGUUGCAGCGUGUGCCGCUCCAACAAAAGCCCCUGGGUCUGUUUGACUUGUUCAAGUGUCCACUGUGGAAGGUAUGUGAAUGGCCAUGCAAAAAAACAUUAUGAAGAUGCACAAGUACCCUUAACUAAUCAUAAGAAAUCAGAAAAGCAAGAUAAACCUCAACAUACAGUAUGUAUGGAUUGCAGUAGCUACAGUACAUACUGUUAUCGCUGUGAUGAUUUUGUGGUUAAUGACACCAAGCUGGGACUGGUACAGAAAGUCAGAGAACACUUACAGAACUUGGAAAACUCAGCUUUUACAGCUGACAGGCAUAAGAAAAGAAAACUUUUGGAAAACUCAUCACUAAACAGCAAGUUAUUAAAAGUAAAUGGAAGCACUGCUGCCAUCUGUGCCACAGGACUCCGGAAUCUGGGGAACACAUGUUUCAUGAAUGCCAUCCUUCAGUCACUCAGUAACAUUGAGCAGUUUUGCUGUUAUUUCAAAGAACUGCCCGCUGUGGAGUUAAGGAAUGGGAAAACAGCAGGAAGGCGAACAUACCACACCAGGAGCCAAGGGGAUAACAAUGUGUCUUUGGUGGAAGAGUUCAGAAAGACACUUUGUGCUUUAUGGCAAGGUAGCCAGACUGCAUUUAGCCCAGAGUCCUUAUUUUAUGUUGUUUGGAAGAUUAUGCCAAAUUUUAGGGGCUAUCAGCAACAGGAUGCCCAUGAAUUCAUGCGCUACCUUUUGGACCACCUGCACUUGGAACUCCAGGGCGGUUUCAACGGUGUUUCCCGCUCAGCAAUUCUACAGGAGAAUUCUGCUCUAUCUGCAAGUAACAAAUGUUGCAUGAAAGGGAUUUACAAGACAAACUCCCCAAAGACAGAAAGAAAAGAAAAUGGAGCAUCUACAGUUGUCACAGCUAUAUUCGGAGGUAUUCUCCAAAAUGAGGUUAACUGCCUCAUAUGUGGGACAGAAUCUAGAAAGUUUGAUCCAUUCCUAGACCUUUCAUUAGAUAUUCCAAGUCAGUUCAGAAAUAAGCGCUCAAAGAAUCAAGAAAAUGGACCAGUUUGUUCAUUACGAGAUUGUCUUCGCAGUUUUACUGACUUAGAAGAACUUGAUGAGACAGAGUUAUAUAUGUGCCACAAAUGCAAAAAGAAACAAAAAUCCACUAAAAAGUUUUGGAUUCAAAAACUACCCAAGGUGCUAUGCUUACAUUUGAAACGAUUUCAUUGGACUGCAUAUUUAAGAAACAAAGUUGAUACCUAUGUAGAAUUUCCCCUGAGAGGCCUGGACAUGAAAUGCUACUUGCUAGAGCCUGAGAACAGUGGCCCAGAGCACUGCCUGUACGACCUUGCCGCUGUGGUGGUUCACCAUGGUUCCGGGGUUGGUUCUGGACAUUACACAGCCUAUGCAACUCAUGAAGGUCGCUGGUUCCAUUUCAAUGACAGUACUGUAACACUGACUGAUGAAGACACCGUUGUGAAAGCAAAGGCCUACAUCCUUUUCUAUGUGGAACGCCAGGCCAAAGCUGGAUCAGAUAAACUUUAAUACCUCCUUUAAAUCAUUGUUUUUGUCAAAUAUACCGGACAAACAUUUCCAAUUUUCCAUAAAUACUUGAUCCAAGAUUUGAUUUCAUUAUGCACUUUUCAAUUUCCUAUUUUGGGUUUAGUUUUAUUUUGUCAAUGGUAGUGACGUAUUGAACAUGGGCACCAACUAAUUUUUUUUUUUUAGUUCUACCAGAAAACCUCAGCAGAUAUUUUGAUUUGCUGCUUUAGUUGUAAUAAUUCAGUUUUUUAUGUAGUUUCAAGAACUUAGUUCUAUUUGACUUUUUUAUAUUAAUGUUUUUGGUUCUCACUUUGAGGCACAUUUACAUCAAUGCUUUGUUAUGUUCACAUGCUGAAAGCAAGAUGUGUUCCUGAUUGGGAAGAGCAACAGAACGCCUGCUGCCUUUCACAGCUGUGAUGGAGAUCAGGUUGAUGGGAGAGCCAGGAUCAUGUGUGCACAGAACUUGUAGCCCACGGGAUUUCAGUGACCGCUCCAUAAUCGUUCCUUUUGAUUGUACAAGAGAACUGGGAGGGCAUCAUUAAGCAGGUCAGGUAAUUGCUGCUCUUAGUAGCUCUCAAGGUUGCUGUUUAUCAGCACUAACUAAAUAAAUUUGUUGGUUCAGUUGUACCUGUACUGCAAAUUCAAGAAUUACUCCUUUUGAGUUUGUUUUGUUCUGGAAUAUCUUUUGCGUGUGUAUUUGUGUUCAUGGAGAUAGGAGUACAGAAAAGUCCAAAGAAGACCAAACACAUUCAGUGUUGAAAAAUCUCAGACUCCGCUACACAGUGUAGAUAUUAUCCAGUGAGAGGAAACCAUAGCUUCUGUUUGCCUUUUGAACCAGCAUCUAGUUCUCCCACUGGCUAUCACGCUGGGAAUAACUGCUUGUCCACUUUUGUCUUAUUUCUUGCUCGGCCAUCUGAGGUCAAGAUACUGACCUCCAGAGUAGAUUCUGACCUUCACCUACAUUUUAGGUAACACUAUGGGGUCUGCUCCUCCAGAAGGAGAUUUGAGUCUUUGCUCCUUUGGUCUUUAACAACCCUCACUGGCCUAACCUGAUAGCAGAGCAAACUAAAAAUAUUCUCACUUUGAAAAGUUUAUAUUCUUGAGUUUAGUAGUCUUUGUUUUAAAAUUGUUUUCGAGAAAAUAGGUAUAAGAACUAUCAAUAUUGAACCCAAGUUGAAAUUUGGAACCAGAAUUAUAUCUAAGGAAGGUAACUGAUUCUGCAAGGGGUCUAAGCCAAUCUCUUGGUGGGGUAGGGGUGGGGGGCAGUACUUAGCAGGUUGUGGAGAACAAGUGUGCGCUCCCUGAUGGGCUCUAGCAUGGGACCGUGCACUGCUGUCGUCAGCACAUCUCUUGUUCCAGUCACUAGUUUCUUCUCUGUUCUCUCCAAGUUGCUAUGAGGGGCCGAGUGUCUUUCAUAUUAAGCCAGCCAGCUGAAAUUUUUGGUAAUCUUGUUUCUUCUAUUAAAAGAAAAAAAAAAAAAGCCAAGUUUUUUGGUUUUUUUUUUUUUUUUUUUUUUUAAAGUGCAUGAAUAAUCUGAUGGCUGUCCUCCUGGGUCAGAUAUUUGAAGUUGCAGGAGCAGGUGUGGCUCCACUUCCAUUUUAAUAUUCGCUAGAUAAAUCCUGUCUUUUUCUCAGGGCAGAAAUCAGCAGCUCAACACUUCACUAACCAGUUACGGCUCAACUUGUUCUAUCUGGUACGGCGGUCACUAGUCACAUGUGGUUAAGUUUUAAUUAAAAUGAAGUUUAAAACCCAGUUCUUCGGUCACACUAGCUACAUUUCAAGGGCUCAGCAGCCACAUGUGGCAGGGGAUGCCUAGGCUCGGGCGGUCCCGUCAGCAUGUAGGACUCCCAGACCGCACCGGUUUGCAUUUCCACUCCAGAGAAGAAAGCUUUGCUGUCAUGUUUAGGUCUUACAACUUAGACACGAAGUCCAGAAGAUAAUUAAGAGGGAAACAUGUAUUUAAAUUAGUUUACAAUGCUAAAUUAUAUGAGGUUGAACCGUAGGAGAUUGUGAUAUUUAACCUUUUGAUCUAAAAGUGAAAGUUCCACAUAAUAUAAUAUAGCAACACAUUAACACCACAUACAGUUGAACUUAAAAUUGCCUCUUCCUUGAUCUGUUCAGUAUCUCCUGUGAAUACAGCCUUUUUUGUGUAGAAGGCAUACAGCUGUGACUUCUAACAUUAGCACUUCCCUUGUUUCUCUGAGUGGGCAGCUCAGAGGACUUCAGCAAUGUAGCCUUGGGCAGUGUUGAUAUUGGUAGUGAAAAAUGGUCUUUUUAUACCAAAGGGAACUUCCUGACAGCCAGACUACUUUGAUGGGGAAAGUGGUCCUCAGACCGGCAGCACUGCUGGCUUAAGAGUUGGACACCUCCUCUUUGAAUUUCUGGAGUGUUUUUAUUGCUUGAUUUCACUUAAGCAGAAAUGUUUGAAUGACAUUAUGAAGGCUCCUUUGGAAAGGUGAUUGGAUCCAUUUGAACACCAGUGAUGUAAAUGUGCCUAUUUGUAUUUAAAAAAUUCAACUGUGUAGCCUUAUUACACCUAUUUUAAAAAGCUGAUCUUCCUGUGCUCUUCAGGGCUUUCCCCUGGGGCCAUGCUGGCUCUGCGUGGGUGGCUCACGCAGAGACCCAGAGACCGCAGCAGAGGCAGUGCCUCGCUCUGGCAACUGGCUCCCUGGAACAAGAAAACUUCCUCAGAAGUCCUCCCACACAGGUGGGUGAUGGAAAGUUUGUGGCAACACAAAUCUCUCUCCAUGGUGGAGAAACCUUUGCUUAUCCACUGUAUUCUACUCAGUGUCUAGUGAUGACAUAUGUAAUAGAAUUAAACCAGUAAAGUGUACAGGCCCUGGUUAAGUGUUAAAUGUGUAUCUCACCCGGGGAACCUACUCAGCGGCGUGGUUUCUGGGGUUGGGGACAGAUUUAUUUCUAAAAGCCAAAUGUCUCUUUCAUUGGUUGAGCGUACAUAAGUCUAUUUAGAUACACUUCUCUCACCGCAGCCCCCAGCAUCCCCUCCGUUCCCUCCCACACCCUGUUGCUGCCAUGGCCUCUCCACUUGGGCCCUGGAAGGGCUCAGGAGCAGCCUGUGCUGCAACCGGGGCAAGGGUCCCGAGAGACCGGGGUGCAGCCACAGGAAUGUGCCCACAGUGCAGGAAGAGGCUGGCACCCUCGGGUGGGGGAGGUGCCGUGGUGCUAGGUCCCCGCCCCGCACACUGGGGUAACCCCGCCCUUGGUCCCAGCGACGACGGGCUCCGGACCCUCCCCGGCCAGUGCUGCCUGGGUCUCCGGUGAGCAUCCGCCGUGGAAGCCCAGUUUGUACGACGCGAGAGGAUUUUUGGUGCAAGCGACUGACCGCAUUUACCUUGUAAUCACAGCCCUUUUCUGCUUCACCAACCUGAACUCUUUUAUGGAUGAAAGUAUCAUUAAAGUUCUGGUCUCUUUCCUCUUGA